UUGCAUUUGUUUUUUGCGUCAUGUCUCUUCCUGGUUCACGCUAGUAUCAUACUAACAAAACAACAUUCGAAUAUAAUUAAUUUUUGACAAUCAUUAUUUCGCAUGAUGGGGUUAUGGGGAAGUGUAUAUACUAAUCCUUCGUCUUUUUUUUAUCGAUUUGCAAGGGGUUAAUGAAUGACGAAAUGCAGUGCGUAAUUGCAGGUGAAAAUCCGGUGAAUGUUUUUCCUGGACAUUUGCCUGGUGCUAUAAAAACAGGGUCUUGUAUGAGGAAUUACAUAGUUAUUUUUUGGAAAAUGAUACCAUGGAGAACCAAGAGAGCCAAGAGAGCUCAGCUAAUACAGAAGUUCCAUUUGAUGUGACAGAGAUCACUGCUGACGAUAUCAAUACAGAGGAUAUUGAGGGAAUGGAGGGUAUCAUAAACACCUCUACCCAAAGCAGAGAUAUUUACGGAGUACAACCAAAACACAAUAAAGCCCUAAAAUUACUCGCAUUACAUAUAUUGAAACACCUCCCAGAGGAUAUUCUUCGUGAAGAGCCAGAUUUUUUGUUGAUUAAAUCUGAUGAAGCUAUCCCAGAUUAUGGGCCAUGUAUGGAAUGUGAUAUCCCCAUUUUGACAGAAGACCCACCUAGAUCGCUCAUUUUAAAUGUUUGUGGUGAUAUGAUCCAUCGGACUUUUGCGAGAGGAAUUGAUAAGAAAGGAACAUUAUAUUGCUUAUAUGGCAUGGAGGAAGAUAGCGAUCCAUUAUUGCUUUCAGAGGAUCUUGAAUUUGAUGAUGAUGAUCUGUUUAAGGAAGCUUGUAAUAAGUAUUCUGAAGUAAUCUCUAAAGUGCCUCUAUUAAGGCUUAAUGCUUCUGUUUCUAAACCAGUCAUACUACUACUAUGCAGACAUAAGACACAUUUUGAAUGUAUUAGUAAUAAGAGUAAGCUGUGUCCUAAAUGCCCGUCAAUUGAUGAUUUUGAAAAAGAAGGAUAUUAUAUUUCACCUACUUUCGAUAAAGCAUCCAAGAAAAGGAAGAGGAAAGAUGAUUCACGUAAAUCUAGUAAGGAUACAAAAGCACAAACCAUAAUUCGUGAGCUAUCUAUCUACCCAGCUAGUAAAGUAUCAAUUGAUGCACCUCCCGAAGAUUCUGACAUGAGAAAAGUUUUGAAUCAAUUCCAUAAAUUAUAUUAUGAGAUUGAUGAUGCAGAAAAAAAUGGGAUCAGAUUAAUAAAGAUUUAGUUUGUUUCUAUUUUUGAUUUGGAAAAACCUUAUCAGGAUGAUUAGCUAUACUUUUGCAAAGCAAUCCUUCGCAAAUGGCACAUACAAAGCUGAACAAAGAAGUUAAGGAAAAACUUCCAAAGAAUGCAAAUAAUGGUAUGAUGCACAAGAGAACAGAUACAGCCAGAAAAAUUUAUAAUAUCUUUAGCAUGAUAGGGAAAGAUAAGAUUCUUCAUAUUAAGUCUUUUACUGUAUAUAGUUUUUUGGAUCUAAUAAGAAGUGAGGUCACAUAUAUCAUAAAAAAUUUUAAGGAAUAGUGGUUAUUAUUAUGCCACAAUCACAUGAUACUGUUCCAGCACUAGGACAUUCUCAACACUUAUAUUUUGAUUUUUAUUUAGUCUUCAAAUGUAGUUUUGCAUAUGUGGUAUUGUAAAGCAUGAAUGCAUAAUGCAAUUAAAACAAUUAAAUAAAUAAAGUUUUGCCAUAUAAGGCCUUUCUUUUUUUUUUUUAUUCUAAA